GAUCACGUAAUGGCGGGUAAGGCGUUAAAGUGGAAAUUAGUGGCGGAUCCCACUGGACCUCAUCCUCGCCCAAGACAUGGACAUCGUGCAAUUAAUAUAAAAGACUUAAUGGUUGUUUUUGGCGGUGGAAAUGAAGGGAUUGUUGAUGAGCUUCAUGUUUUUAACACAGCAACAAAUCAGUGGUUUGUACCAGUUACUAAAGGUGAUGUACCUCCAGGAUGUGCUGCUUUUGGUUUUGUAGUAGAUGGAACAAAGCUACUAGUUUUUGGAGGUAUGGUAGAGUAUGGGAAAUACAGCAAUGAACUUUACGAAUUACAGGCUGCAAAAUGGGAAUGGAAAAAGCUGAAACCAAAAGAACCAAAAAUUGGCGAUCCACCUUGCCCACGGUUAGGGCAUAGUUUUACUAUAGUAAAUUCAAAAGUGUACCUGUUUGGUGGUUUAGCAAAUGAUAGUGCAGACCCCAAAAAUAAUAUUCCAAGAUAUUUGAAUGACCUUUAUACAUUAGAUAUUAGAAGUAAUCCUAUGCAAUGGGAUGUUCCCCAAACAAAUGGACCUUCUCCCACCCCAAGAGAAUCUCAUACUGGUGUAGCAUAUGUUGAUAAAAAACAGAGGCGCUCAUUUUUAAUCAUAUAUGGAGGUAUGAGUGGAUGCAGGUUAGGAGAUUUGUGGUUUCUGGAAACAGAAACAAUGACCUGGAUGAAACCACAAGUUUCAGGCAUUACACCUCUGCCUAGAUCUCUACACACAUCCACAAUAAUUGGCCAUAGAAUGUUUGUUUUUGGGGGAUGGGUUCCUACAGUUUCUACAGAAGUUAAAUCAUCUCAAGAAUGGAAGUGUACAAGUACCUUAGCAUGCCUCAAUCUGGAGACAAUGAGUUGGGAUGAAUUAAAUAUACAAAAAGAGUCUGAAAAUGAUCUACCUUGUGCCAGAGCAGGACACUGUGCAGUUGGAAUUAGUACACGACUCUAUAUUUGGUCUGGUCGAGAUGGAUAUAGGAAAGCCUGGAAAAAUCAGGUAUGUUGUAAAGACUUGUGGUAUCUAGAUGUGGAUAAACCUCCUGCUCCUAGUCGUGUAUCUUUAGUUAAAGCAGGAACACACAACCUUGAAGUCAAUUGGACUGGAGCAUUAUCUGUUCAAACAUACAUUCUACAGAUACAAAAAUAUGAUUUACCUCCACCAGCCGCAGCCAAAAUCCCAGCAACUGUAACACCUGCGGUCCCAUCAUUGGUGACUUCAUCAAAGGCAACUGUUCCCAUUCAAACCAGUGUACAUGCCACUCAACCCACUCCAGCUAUUAAAACAACUGCAAGUGCUAAUCAUAUUAUUUCUCCCCGAAUUAUUUCAUCCAUUGGUACAAAAGGGCCACAAGUGAAGAUUCAAGGUACAGCAGGAACUAUUAUCAGACAAAGUAGUCCUCAGGUAGCAGGCAAGCAGUUGAUAGUAAAACAAGGAGGCAAUAUUAUUCAAAAAGGAGGAGUUGCACAGCAAGUUGUGACCUUUGUUAAAACUAGUACAGGCAUGACGUUGGCGGCACUGCCAAAAGGAGGCAAUAUUGUUCAGGCAAAAACAAAUGUUUUACCCCAAACACCCAAAAAUACUAUUGUAAAAAUUGUACCUAGUACCCCAGCCAAUAAAGUUCUAACAACCAUAAAGACAAUACCAUACCAAAUGAAUAAAGCAACUGGAAAAUUAGUUCCUUUUAAAGCAACAGGGCAAAUGCCUACACUGGGCAAUCAGCAAGUUUUGGUUGUGAAUUCAAAUGCAGGUUUGAAAACUAUACAAACUUUAACAAAUGCACAAUCUGUAAAUUUAAAUAAUGUAAAAACUACUUCUAUAAAUGCCCAACCAGUAGUAACUGCCUCAUCUUUAACCAGUUUACAAGGUAUGAAGAUUGCUGGAAAACCCAUUACCAUAUCAAUGCCUAUGCAAGUUGUUGGAUCUCCUAAGACUGUUACGCUGUCAAAAAAUACAAAACAGGUAAUGAUAGGUGGGAAACCAGUAACUGUACAGAUGGCGACAGGCGGUAACAAAACACUGACCUUGGUUCAACCCAACCAAUCUGCAGCAGUAGGCAAGAUCGUACGACUACCAAUUAAUUCGACAAUAAAUCACUCUAAUAACAGUGGUGAACAACCAAAGCUAAUGGUAGUUUCUCGACCAAAACAACCAACUGCAACCUUAGCCUCAACUUCCUUUGAUAGUCCAGCCACAACAGAUGCAGCACUUGCUGCCAUAGCAGCAGAAGCUGGUCUAAUAGAUCCUGAACCUGAAAAAGGAGGGGUAGUAAAACUAGAUGGUGGUGAAGGUACACAAACAAUAGUUCUUUCCCAAGGAAGCAGCCCAUCCGAUGUUUCUCCUCAAAUAGAAGUUGCAACAGGUCUCAUAGGAGGAGGUUCUAUUGUGCAACAACUUGGAUUGAAAGGGGGUUCUAGAUUGCAUAGGCCGCCAAAAUGUUUUAGGUAUCGUUUAGGGUUGUAUGGAGGUGGAAAAGAUGAUGUAGAUGAUACGAAACCUUCAACUACGACAGCUGAAGCUGAUUCUACACAAGCUACCUCCACAGAACUGUUGCACACUUCAACUGCUGAAAAUGUAAAAAUGGACUGGGAACCCGAAUUAAUACCUAAAGAUGCUGGAGAAACCUUGGACUCUAGAGUAAAACCUGACUCUGAAACAGUAUCAGAAGCUGAAGCAAAGUCAAAUGAAACAGAAAAAUGUGAGGAAAAUCCAGAAACUGAUGUAGAAACAGAUGUUAGGAUGAGAUUAGAACCUGAAGAAAAAUCAAAUGAUGAAGACAAAUUAGAAGCCGAGGAAAGGCCACAAAGCGAAGAUAGACUGGAAGACAAGGAAAGAGUAGAAAAUGAAGACAAAUUGGAAGCAGAAGAAAGAAUAGACAGUGAAGAUAAAUUACAAGCUGAGGAAAGAUCAGAAAGUGAAGACAAUAUGGAAUCAGAGGAACCACCAGGUAGUGAAGUCAAAAUGGAUGCAGAAGAAAGAUCAGAAACUGAAGCCAAAUUGGAAUCUGACGUUACCGAGACGUCAGAUAUCAAAAAAUUACCAGAAGAAAAUCAAACAAAAUCGGACAUAGAUGUAACUGCAAAACAAGGGACAGGAAGCAAUAGUAAAUUUGAUAUAAAUGAGAAGAGUUCCGAUGAUACCGUGAAGAUGGAAACAGAUAGUAAAAGGGAACAAUCAGCUGAUACAAACUAUCACAAUUACCAUAGUCAAAGUAGUGACAUCUUAAAAACAGAUGAAAUGACCCCUAACGAUGAUCCUUUAGCUGCAUUAGCUUCUGCUGCUUUGGAUCAUUCUAAAGAGUUAAAAAAGACUGAAAAUAAUGUUCAUGGUCCUGAACAGCCUCUCAAAGACACUUGGUAUACCGUUCGCUUCAUUAGGGGUAAUAGUUGUGAUGUACGAAGUUAUUUUUUGUUAAAUGACGAGACCGCUGAUCUGACGUUGGACACUUUGCCUUAUACCUUAAAUUAUCCUUCAGGGUUUAGCCUUGAACCAGGCACGGCUUACAAGUUCAGAGUAGCUGCUAUCAACUCCUUAGGCCGAAGUGAUUGGAGUGAGGUAUCAGCGUUUAAAACUUGUCUACCAGGUUUUCCAGGUGCUCCUUCCGCAAUCAAAAUAACAAAAUCAGUUGAUGGCGCAAAUCUUUCUUGGGAACCCCCUAGCGCAAAUCAGGGCGAAAUAUUAGAAUAUUCAGUUUAUUUGGCUGUGAGAGCAAAGGAUAAGGUUAAUACCAAUCCUGGCCAACUCGCCUUUGUAAGGGUUUACUGCGGCCCGAAUAAUAAGUGUGUUGUAAGUAAUUCAUCUUUAUCUGCCGCCCACCUAGACACAACUACGAAAACAGCGAUAAUCUUCCGUAUUGCUGCUAAAAAUGAAAAAGGUUACGGUCCUGCUACCCAAGUUAGGUGGUUGCAAGAUCCAUCGUCCAAAUCAAAGCGUCUUGCAGAAUCCCAACCAUUAGCUGUUAAAAAAAUAAAGUAUGAAAAAGAAGUGUAAAAAUAUAGAACAAUGUGUGAAUGUGGUAAAAAUAUAAAUGUUGAUAAAUUGAAAGUUAAGUGUUCGGAUUCGCAAUCGAAAAAAUACCUCUUCUCGAGUAUAAAUAAACUGCUUGAGGUUUUUUACUUCAAAAACCUCAGUGAAAGUCGUUUAAGGUAGUAUUAAAAAAUUUUAAUUUUUG